AUGAACCUCCUGGCAGUCUGCUUCCCGUACCUGCUGCUCACCUGCCUCGUCUUACCCAAGGCUGAAUGCCGACUUCAUGACGGCUCAGUGGAGAUCAGGAAUCCCGACAUUGACCCUUCCUGGUACACGGGCCGAGGAAUCAGACCUGUGGGACGCUUUGGCCGAAGGAGGGCCACCUUGGAGGACUACCUGAGGACUGCCUCUGGACGACAUCCAACUUGCUUUCCUGCAGAGGAGAGUAACGAGUCUACCCAAGAUGAGUAAGAUGCGUUUGUUGGAAAUAAACCCAAACGUCUUCUCUCCCCGGCCCUUCCCUCCCACUCCCUAGUUUCGUUCUCGGCAAAUAAAAGUAUUUGAUCUUACUUAAAUCGGUGUCUUUGUUUGGAACUGAAAUAAACCAAAGAGUUGCAUGAUGACCCGAGUUCA